AUGACCGUAGUAACCAACCCAGCCUGCACUGACAAUGGCCUCGAAGGUCAAGUCACACAAGCUUCAACCUCUGGUACCCAAUCUAGUGGCCAUGAUUACUUCGAAUAUGCACAAUACGGAGAAUUACAAAUAGAUGAAAAUUCUCGACUUUAUGAUAAUGAAAAACAGAGUGAUAUCGUUUUCGUAGCCGGGAUCAAUGGCGAUACGUUUCGAUUCCCUGGCCAUCGCAAAGUUCUCGCUGCCACGAGCCCGGUUUUUGCUGCUUUACUGUCCACUAAGGCAGAUGUAAUUAUUGUUGAUUACAUUGAUCGGCGUGGAUUUGAGCAGUUGCUUCGCUAUUAUUAUUGCGAGCCAACUCAACUGACGUCCGUCUUUACUGCUCGAACUACACUUAAUGCCGCCUACAAAUUCCUGUGUCCUCAACUGGCUGAGCGAUGUGCUCGUCGUCUUGAUGAAAUGCUGGAUGCUGAAGUUGCCCUGGAAAUAUUACGAGACUUAAGAUUUUUAUGUGCCAGACUACCAGGAGCAGCGUCGGCACCACCACUGCCUGCAUUAGAAAACGAUGCAGCAGCGCGAACUUUAUCUCAUUGCGCUAUGUGGUGCGACUCACUUGCUCAUAAUGCACUUCUUGUAAUCGAUGAUAACGCAGAUGCAGCUCUAACGCAUGAAAGACUCGAGGAUCUCACAUAUGAAGAUUUAGCAUUGAUCGUAAAGCGAGAUACUUUAAGAGUAUCUAGCGAGCUUGUUUUAGCAGAAGCUCUGGCACGUUGGAGUACGGCAGCCUGUAAGCGCACAAAGCGAGAAUUGACACCAAGUAACAAACGCGCUACGCUUGGCGAGUUAGCAUAUUGCCCUCGCUAUUUGCUUCUUGCUGGAGAAGAGCUAGACAGAGCUUUGGCUUUAGAACUACUAGAGCCUAUAGAACGAGCUUUGGUUGUAGCUCGUGCUCGGAAAUUAUCGGCACCCGUUCCUGUUGGCGCAGAACAGGAGGGAAUGCUGCGAAGAUGGGCACAUCCAAGACCUACGGAGCCGGCUGCAUUACCAGUGAGCUUGAGCCCCCGUUCUGAACCAGUAGACGAGCCAAAACCCAGCAAAUUGUGCGGACGACGCCCUAAAAAAUUAAAACAACCCUGUUUUGAACCUGAAGAUACAAGAAAUACUAGAAAGAGCAAUUGCUGUUCUGACUGUUUUCAUGGUUUGAUACAUGCAUUUGUUUGCUUGUUUGAC